AUGGCGCAGACUGCUUUGCCCACCCGCGGCGGCUUCGACCCCAAGGCCGCCUCCGUCUACACCCCCCGAAAGAACGGAGCCCCUCAUACGCUCGAGCACCGCAUCUACAUCGAGAAGGAUGGCGUCCCAGUCUCGCCAUGGCACGACAUUCCGCUCUACGCCAACGAGCAGCAGACCGUCUUGAACAUGGUCGUCGAGAUUCCUCGCUGGACCAAUGCAAAGCAGGAGGUGCGUACAGCAGCAGCCAAUGUCUUCACCGCCCAAUCCUCUCGUGCACCGUGUGCCAUUGCAUGAGCCAUUGAUUGACGAUCGCGAACCGGCAGAUCUCCAAGGAUGAGGAGCUCAACCCCAUCAAGCAGGACACCAAGAAGGGCAAGCUUCGAUUCGUCCGCAACUGCUUCCCCCACAAGGGCUACCUCUGGAACUACGGCGCCUUCCCCCAGACAUGGGAGGACCCCAACGUCAGCCACCCAGAGACCAAGCAGAAGGGUGACAACGACCCACUCGACGUUUGCGAGAUUGGUGAGCUCGUCGCCAAGCCAGGCGAGGUCAAGCAAGUCAAGGUCCUUGGUGUCAUGGCACUCCUUGACGAGGGCGAGACCGACUGGAAGAUCAUCGUGAUCGAUGUCAACGACCCUCUCGCUCCUCGCCUGAACGACAUUGAGGACGUCGAGCGUCAUCUCCCAGGCCUUCUCCGCGCCACCAACGAGUGGUUCCGCAUCUACAAGAUCCCAGAUGGCAAGCCAGAGAACCAGUUCGCUUUCUCCGGCGAGUGCAAGAACCGCAAGUACGCCAUGGACAUUGUCCGCGAGUGCGCCGAGGCUUGGGAGAAGCUCAUCACCGGCAAGACUCCAAAGGGCGAUAUCAACCUGUGGGUAUCUUUGGAAGUUUUCUGGUAGUACAUGGCUAAUCAACUUGCAGCACCAACGUGACGGUUCCACACAGCGCAGACCGCGUCGACCCCGGCAAGCUCAGCAUCUCACCAAACGAGGAGAAGACCCCAGCCCCGAUCGACCCAAGCAUCGACAAGUGGUUCUACAUCUCUGGAGCUUCCGCCUAA